AAUCGACUGGAACUCUAUAAGCCGGAGUCGCGAGAGUAUAUAAAUACAUCAUCAAUAACCAAUUCACAUUACAGUUUAUUUUCAAACGGUUUCGAGUCAAUGUCGGGCGGCCGGGAGAGUUCUUGCUGGACGGUCUGGAAUCGAGGAACAACUGCGUAGCGCCGCGCCCUGAUUUCACUUUGGCAAGAAGCACCUCGGCUCGGGAAUCCUCGGGAGUCGAACAGUUCCAUCAGUGUCAGUUGGGCAGUUGACGUGAUUGGUUAAGGAAAUUCAAUAAGUGAGUGAAGUGAACGUGAUUGGGUCCAGAAUUUAAGCCGCCGUUGAAUGGUGGAAGAAAACCGCGUGUGCCAAAAUUAGAAGCAGGCCAACCGAAAAAAAUCUACUUUGCCGCCCCUCGAGGGGUGAGAAUGGUUUGAAACGGAAGGGGAUCGGAAAUACCAGGGCAAAUCAGCAAACGGUCAACCGGAGGAAGGAUAAAACCAAAUAACAUAUCAAUUAUUAAUGGUGGAUUAAAUGUUAGAAGAGACCAACAGGAAUAAGUGAUUCUGUGCGUGGGAAAUGAGAUUAGUCGUGAUGUUGUGCUUUUGGCAUCCUACCAUCUUGGUUCUGGUUCUAGUUUUGUCGUCAACUGUGGCAAAAGUAGCGGACCCAUCUGUUGAAGACGAUGCUGCCGCCUUGAGGAAAGAUCUGGACGAUUCGGAUGUCGUUGAAGCUAGUGAGCUGCGACCACGCCAACCGCGUCACGUUUGGUUGGCCACACGGACAACAACCUGGACCCAGGCGCUAGGUGACGGCAGCCCAUGUCUCACAUCGAAGGGGCACCUUGGUUUCUGUACUUCGUUCCGGAAAUGCUAUCCAUACUUCAAGGUUCCUGAUCUCAGCGUCUGGGAAUCUUGGGUGUUGGGAAAUUAUGACACUUGUAGCUACUUCAACGAUCAAGGCCGGCAAGCAUUUGGCGUAUGCUGCACCAACCCGAUAACAGCAGUCCCUGGAACGGAGAUAACCGCAGAAAACACGCCUACGCCACCGGUAGUUGGGAAUGAAAUACCCGGAUCAGAAUCCCAGAAGCAGCCUCCAAAAAAUAACAACUACCCAAGCUGGCCACCACCAGUUCCUACUCAUCCACCGGAUCACACUCCGGCUACCCACCCUCCCUCGUUCACUUCAACGGUGGCCUCUUUUGGUGAGUCGACCACACAACGUCCAACUAGCACCACGUGGCCAACGAAGCCCGUCCAGCCGACAAAUCCACCUGCCAUGGUUUGGCCACCACCUGCUCCGACUCAUCCUCCGGUCACUCCAUCCAUCGAAUUUUCAACGAUCAGCCCGGUCGGGGGAGCUGGAGCAGGGCUGAACUACGGUUGCGGCGUCAAGAAUGGUAACCCGGACACGGAACGUAUCGUCGGAGGUCACAAUGCUGACCCGAACGAAUGGCCCUGGGUAGCUGCACUGUUCAACAAUGGGCGCCAAUUUUGCGGUGGUUCUCUGAUUGAUUCCGUUCACAUUUUAACGGCAGCACACUGCGUAGCACAUAUGAGUUCCUGGGACGUGGCCAGACUAUCCGUCCGACUGGGAGAUCACAACAUUCGGUCCAACACCGAGGUACAGCAUGUUGAGCGGCGCGUGAAGCGACUUGUUCGGCACAAGGGUUUCGAUUCUCGGACUUUGUAUAACGAUGUAGCGGUGCUUACGAUGGAUCAACCGGUACAAUUCACGCAAUCAGUACGACCGAUAUGUCUCCCGGGAGCUGAUGGUUCCCGCGGUUAUAACGGAUUGACGGCUACCGUUAUUGGCUGGGGUAGCUUGCGUGAAAAUGGACCACAGCCUGCUGUCCUUCAGGAAGUCAACCUUCCUAUUUGGAGCAACGGAGAAUGUGCUCGGAAGUACGGUGCCGCAGCACCCGGUGGCAUCAUCGAGACCAUGUUGUGUGCGGGCCAAGCAGCAAAGGAUUCUUGCAGUGGAGACUCCGGUGGACCCUUGAUGAUCAACGAUGGCAGAUGGACUCAGGUUGGCGUCGUGUCCUGGGGCAUCGGUUGUGGAAAAGGACAAUAUCCAGGAGUGUACACAAGGGUUACUUCAUUCAUGGCUUGGAUUACGAAGAACACGAAAGAUCAGUAACCACAUCGAACACAAAUAAAAACUGCUUUUACUUGCUGCCAUUAUAAUAUUCUUUCAAAAGGGGGUAUACGAAACAAUUGUGACAAUAAAAACGAGGUUGAAAGAGCCUCG